AAAGAUCGUGGUCAUGAACGUGAUUGUCGUGAGUGAUAAGUGGAAUUUACCCUUUCCGAACAUUCAGAUUUUGAUCGGGUUUGCCCGAUUAUAGUUUUGGGGAUUUCUUUUUGGUAGACUAUAGGAAAUGACAAUAAUCUAUGGAUUAUAUAUCUAUGGUUUGUCAUAGUGUUAAGUUCUAUGUUUAUCAUCUUUAUCUUAACCUUUUUGUUAAAUUACAAAUAAAAAAUGGACUAAACUAAAAACACACAUCUAUGUAAACAAUGGAUAAUGCUCUUAACGUUACAGAGUGUUGUAGAACUUGUUUAAGAGUAGAUUGUGCUCUUACUUCUACCGAGGUUCAAGAUUCUGAUUCUAUAAAAUUUUUUGAUAAACUUGUCGCUUGCGUAUCUGAAGUGUCUUGGGUGAAGGAUAGCCUGCCUUUAAUUUGUUCAACAUGCAUUGAUCGCCUACGUGUGGCCUAUGACUUUCGUAUUGUUUGUCUUGAAUCCGAUCAAACAUUAAAUAGAUACAUAUCAAAGUUGGAAAUAAAUCUACAAAAUCGUACGUUAACAACACCUACAAAAUUUGAUUUUGCAUUGACUUCUGCAACCAACAGUCAAGAUUCAACUUUGAUCAAUGAAGAUCCACAAAACUCUGAAUAUAUUCACUUGAAACAUUUUUUAGAUAAUGAUGAAGAACUGGCUAAACAAGAUGAUUUAGUAGGCAAUGCAUGUGAUAUGGAAAGAAGUUCUAGUUCUGAAGAAAAUGAAUCAAGAAUAGAAUUUAUGAGUGAAUCAGAAUAUGUAAAAGCAAAUUCGUUAAUUCAAGAUAGUGUACCUGAUAAACAACAGUCUAUAUUACAAGAACAAUCAUGUCAAAGUCAGACACAUCUACAAUACCAAUCUCAAGAACCUCAUCAUCUGCAGAUGCAAGAUGUGCCCCAACAGGAACAAAUAGAUCAACAGUCUCAUAAUACAGAAAUUGAAACAACUCAAAUGCAACAUCAUAACGAUCUACAUACAAUUGUUCUAGGAUCUUUGCCAAAUGUUCACCAACCCGUUUCAAAUUCCACAAAUUUCAUAGCUGUUCCUAUUCGACAAAUUAUUAAAAGAAAUACAGGAGUUCAAGUAAGGCCACCUACACCCAAGCAAGACGACUCAGAUGUAAAUGGAUCUACAGGAUUCACAUGCAAGGAAUGUGGCAAAUCCUAUAAAAAAAAAUCAAAUUUAAGAAUUCAUCUUAGAACUCAUACAGGAGAAAAACCUUUUGAAUGCAAAUAUUGUAUAAAGAGGUUUUAUCACUCUUCGCAUCUUCGAGAGCAUAUCCGUCGCCACACAGGCGAAAAACCAUUUCAGUGUGCAGUAUGUAAUAAGCGAUUUACAAUUAAGGGAGAACUUACUAUGCACAUGAAGUCCCAUACGGGUGAAAAACCUUAUGCUUGUACUUGUUGUGAUAGACGUUGCUUAACAUCGGCUGAUUUGAAGGUUCAUAUGCGAACUCAUACAGGCGAAAAACCAUAUUCGUGUACAAUGUGUGGCAAAAAAUUUGCAAGCACGUACAUAUUGAAUUCUCAUAUUAAAACGCAUACUGGAGAAAGACCGUACUCGUGUACUAUUUGCGAUAAAACUUUUACUCAAUCUUCACAUCUGAAUGUGCACAUAAAAAAACAUACAGGAGAGAAAUUUAAUUGCAAAAUUUGCAACUCAAAGUUUACUCAUUCCUCUCAACUGACGGUCCAUAUGCGAGAACACACAGGUCGGCAGCCGUAUAAAUGUACAGUAUGUCAUAAAGUUUGCAAUUACGCUUCAGAAUUACAGUCGCAUAUGAUGAAACAUACUGGAGAAAAAUUCACGUGUGUUACUUGUGAUAAAAAGUUUACGUCGGCAGCUUACCUGGCGGAACAUACUCGUACGCACACCGGAGAGAAUUUGUCGACGUGUACUGUUUGCGAUAGACAGUUCACUAGAUAAAGAUGAAAAAUCCUCGAAACUGUCUAAUUUUUAUUUUAAUCGAGGUAUUUUAUAACAAACGAAAAAAACAUCAUCCUUUUUACCUCCUACCCUUGACAAGUACAGACUUUUUAAAUAGCAAGGCUAGUCGUGGCAUACUUCGUUGGAAAGGGUUUGAGAAAAGUAGAACUCAAAAAUGUAUGACUUAAAAUUUUGGAUGAACCAAUUAUCAAAAAAGAAUAUAUUAUAUUUAUCUUUGAAAUAUAAAUCAUCACGAAUAAAAGAAUCCAUAUAUAGUGCUGUAUUAAUGAGAUCCUACUGUAUUAUAUUUUCUCUAGUUAUAAAUUAUUUCUUGUAAUUGAAGUUAGUAAUUAUUUUCUAGGUCACAAUAUUUAGAAAAACACAUGCGAACUCACACAGGAGAGAAACCGUAUCCUUGUUUCGUGUGUGGUAAAAAAUUUACACAAUCUUCUAGUCUCAAGGUUCAUCUUCGUAUACACACAGGGGAGAAACCAUAUUCUUGUAAUACUUGUGACAAAAAAUUCACAACAUCAUCCGAUCUAACUGUACAUAAUAAGAAACAUCAAAAAUAUACUGAUUUGUAGAUUAGUUUUUAGAUAAGACUCUUUCUGUGAUAAUAAUAUUUUGUGAUUAAGAUGUUAAUUUUAAGGGAAUUCAAUUGAAAUUUUGUAACUAAAUGAAUAUUUGAAAUUUCAUCGUAUCGGUCGAUGGAAAUUGAAGCUUGGGUAGUCCUAAUGCGAAAAUACUACAGUUAAAUAGAGGCAAGCAGAUAUUGCAGGUGGUGAUGUGCAGUAGAUGAGGAAACUACGAAAUAUUCUCUGUAAUCAUCGAGUUCUCGUUAACAUAUUUCGAAAUUUGAUUUGACCCAUUUGACCUAGUGGAAGAGCUUUGUUUCCAAGUCAUCAACGACCAAUGAAAAACUCAAAUGUCCAUAUUCGUGGAAUACAGGCAGGAAGAGCAAUUGAUCCGGACUGUCGCGUCUUUGGAAUAGAUGAGGAAACUACGAUACAGUCUCUGCAACAGUCAAGCUCUCAUUGUUUUAUGGUUUUAUGUUUCCAAGCCAUUAACGGCCCAAAGAUUCUCCAAUUUUAAAGAGCCUCUAUAGUUGAAUGAGAGCGUCACAAAGGAACUGCGAAGGGAUUACAUAGACUAUCAGGAACGACAAGGCCUCCCCAUUAUUGGUAAUAUAAAAUUGGGUUGAAUUCUUCAAUCAAAGCAAAUUUUUGAUUAUCUCAAGAGUACGUGGAAAAACGGCUCUUUUUCUUUCCUAUCAUUAUAAGAAUUUGCAUGCAUUUUUGACAUUGGGAUAAUAUUAAUUUGGCAAAGUUGAUAUUGUGACCAUCGCAUUGGGGAUAAAAAAAAGAAUUCAAUAAUCUGGUACAUUUGAAAUAUCAGUAAAAGUUUGAAUUUGCACGUUUAGGGUACUCCUACUUUGUGGAGAUCGGGCAAUACAAUUUUGGGAUGAAAAACUUAUUUAGAGAAAUCUAGUUAUGACGCAGCUUUGGUAAUUUGUUCUGUAACGUUGAUUUUUAUUUCUUCCCCGAAAAUGUCAAUGUAGUAUGCUUAUUAUGUAAUAAAGAAUAAUUUUCAUGAAUUAAUUUGCUUUUGGUAUUGAAUUCAUUGAUUUUUCAAAAAAAAAAUCAUUUAUUUCCAUAUGAUACAUGUAUUUUCACUCGAAAAUAUAUUUCCUGAAAUUGUGAUAUUAUAUUUAUGAGACUUUUAAUUAAAACAUGACUUUUUAUAAUUAUAUUUUAGCAUAUUAACUUGAAUUAUUUUGUAAAUAUUGAUAUAGCUUCUUGAAUGAAAUUCAGAUAUGUUUUUGUGUAUUUUUAUAGUUUGCAAAUUAUAUAAAUGCUGUAUUUGUAAUAUGUAUAUACAAAUAAAUUAUUUACCAAA